UUACUGUAUGACUGAGCGACGCUGUUGUUGAAGGUGGAAGUACUGUAUCUCUGCCCGCAUUCACGUUAUUCGAGAAGGCAGACGUUGUAACGUUACAUGGCUGAAAUAGGAGGUGUAACCGCUAUGUAAUUAAAGGAGAUUUCCCAUCCGUGCAUUUGUAUCAGACGCUGACCCCGGCGGGAAGACUGCGCGACCUCGGCCGUCUGCCAGGCUGGGCCCUCCCCCCUCCCCUGAGACCUGAACAUCUCACCUGCCGCUUGUGAGCCAAGUUUCCAAGGAAAAAAACACUGGUUAAAGGUACCUUAAUAUGGGGAACCUUCUAAAAGUUUUGACUUGUACAGACCUUGAGCAGGGACCCAACUUUUUCCUUGAUUUUGAAAACGCACAGCCCACGGAGCCAGAGCGGGAGGUGUGGGACCAGGUGAACGUGGUGCUGAAGGACGCCCGGGGGAUCCUGGACGACCUGCAGGACUACAAGGGAGCAGGAGAGGAGAUCCGAGAGGCGAUCCAGAACCCCAACGACGAGGGCCUGCAGGAGAAGGCGUGGGGCGCGGUGGUGCCGCUCGUGGGGAAGCUGAAGAAGUUCUACGAGUUCUCCCAGAGGCUCGAAGCAGCCCUGCACAGCCUCCUGGGAGCCCUCACCAGCACCCGCUACAGCCCCACGGAGCACCUGGAGCGGGAGCAGGCCCUGGCCAAGCAGUUCGCCGAGAUCCUGCACUUCACGCUGCGCUUCGAUGAGCUGAAGAUGACGAACCCGGCCAUCCAGAACGACUUCAGCUACUACAGGAGAACCCUGAACCGCAUGCGCAUCAACAACGUCCCGGCAGAGGGAGAAAAUGAAGUAAACAACGAGCUGGCCAACCGGAUGUCCCUGUUCUAUGCUGAAGCCACACCCAUGUUGAAGACAUUAAGUGAUGCCACAACCAAGUUUGUGUCUGAAAACAAGAACUUGCCCAUUGAGAACACGACAGACUGCUUAAGCACAAUGGCCAGUGUGUGUAGAGUCAUGCUGGAAACACCGGAGUAUCGCAGCCGGUUUGCCAGUGAGGAGACCGUUUCCUUCUGUCUCAAUGUGAUGGUCGGAGUCAUAAUUCUCUAUGAUUAUGUGCACCCAGUUGGAGCCUUCGCGAAGUCCUCUAAGAUCGACAUGAAAGGGUGCAUCAAAGUUCUCAGAGACCAGCCUGCAAACAGCGUCGAAGGCCUCCUAAAUGCUCUCAGGUACACGACGAAACAUUUGAAUGACGACUCUACCUCCAAGAACAUUAAGGCCAUGCUGCAAUAGUACCGAUGGUUGGGACGACUGCCUGCUUCUCACAGAAUUUGGGAGACAGUAUUCUCAAAUGACAGCGAUGCACAGAAUGUUUUUAAAAAAAAGAAUUAGAAAAAAAAUUUCAAUCUACUGCUUUUUGCCCCUCUUUUAUAAAGAAAUGUUACUGCUAUUAUGUAAGUCUUUUCUGUGCCAAAAUCAUAUACAAAAAAAAAAAUUGCUAAAAUUGUUCUCAUGUUUUGGAAAGGCCAUAUGACACGUGGCAGCUAAUAAAGCAUACUGUUUUCCGGGGUUUUGUCUAUGUGAGGGCACAGGGAGAAAUUUGACUUGAAAAUUUAAAAAUAUAAAUAUAUAAUAUUAUUUUUGUUUUAAUUAAUAUUUAAUAUUGCUUCAUCUGCAUGACAGAAUUGCCUCUUUCUUCUAUUUAAGAACUAAUACAUUUCAGUUUUGGUUUGGUUCUGCUUGAUCGUCAUUAAAGUCAAGGAAUAAUGUUUAAAUUAUGUUUUGUUAAACGAAAGGUACAAAACAAAGUGGAGAUGAUUAUGAAAAAUAGUACUGUUUAUGUUUGAUAUGAUUUUUUUAUACGUUUUUGUUUUGUUUUCUCGUAUGAGUGUUGUGAUAUUCUUCAUUUGAAAACUAACUUUCAAACUGUGAUGCGUGUGAAUCGGAAUUAAAUGGCAGAGACGCAUGUACGUGGACAACAGAUGGCGGUUGUAAAAAAAUAAAAUAAUAGCUUUUGUUUUUCUAA